AUGCUUUAAUGGACUUAAAGCUUAUAAGAUCAGUGUCCAAAAAUUAUUUACAAAUUUUAUAGACUUGAUGGAGUUCAUAUCAUUGCAAUAAAAAAUAUUGAAUUCGAUAACUAAGCAAAUAUUCUUUCAUUCAAAAUUAACACACAGAAAAUCCCUUUCGAAAAUUAAAGCUUGAUAAUAAAAGGGUAUGUAAAUGAUAUUUUUGCUGAGUCUUUGUUGACUGUUCAUUUAACUGAUAAAUGCAGAGAAGUUACUUUUAAUAAACCUAAACUAAGUGAACACUACAUUUAUGAGUUAGGAUCGCCUCAGAUAGAAAUAUCCCACACUAAUUGGACUUUCUCAGAGGAUCUCAAAUUUUGUGGAUCAGUCUUCUAUUCUAUAAUCGAUUAAGAUGAAUAAAAUAUAGACCCAGAAAUUAUAACUAUAGACUUAAAUAAUGAAAAGAUACUUAUUUCAACAUUUAACGAAACCAAAGUUGGAAUGUAUUACAUCAGUAUAAAAGGCUAGUUAAAGCCAUCAGGGUUCAGCAAAUCAUAUGAUUUUCUGAAUUUUACUCUAUUAAUUAAACUCCCUACAGCAUUCACAGUUGGAGCUAGCUGUGAUUAUGCUAUAUUAAAAUAUAUACCAUAAAUUCCACCUUAAAAUUACGAGGUUGGAAAAAGUAGCCAGGUAAAAAGUUUUAAAUUUGCUAAAUGGUCUACCAAUGAGACGAAAUGCGAAUUUUAGUCUUAUCAAGCUUUUUAUAAUGGAAAUUUAUUGCCUAUUCCAUCGAUUAUAUCUUUCUCUGAGUCAUCUAGAAUGUUUAGCUUAAUGACACAGGAAAUUGAAGAAAAUUAACCAUCUGGAAAUUAUGAGUUAACUGUAGUAGGCCAACUACCUAAUGGAAUAAAAUAUAGUACAGAAUUUAGCUUUAAAAUAACUUCUUCAAAUUAGGAAAAUUUGGAAACACAAUAGUAAUUAAAAAAUGAACUUGCCAUAUAGAAAGAGGUUGAUUCAACCUUUUUUGUUUCUAAGGACUUUUUCAAAAUCAAUAAUAGAAUAAUAAAGAGAGACAGCAUCAAGAGUAAUUUAAAUUGUACAAUCAGUAAAAUAGAUAUGCUGGGAAAGGUUACCCUUAAAUUUUCCAAAGAUAUAAUAGAGUACUCUUAGUUUUCGAAACUUAAAAUUACUAAUGCUUUGGUCAUUAAAUUUAUUUAAUUCGGAGAUGACUUAAGAUCGCUAUCAGACUAUGAUUAACUUUCAGUUUAAUUCAAAGUUCAAUACUUCUUUGUAACAGAAGAUUUGACUUAGAUUAUAGAAAAAGAUGCAAUUAUAUACUCAAAAGUUCCACCACAGCUCCCAAAUACCUAGCAGGUAGGUUCAGCUAUAACAGGAACUGUUUCUUUCAAUUUCGCUCUAACUAUGCUGAUGGGCUUCUCUUUAAAUAAUCUAUGGAUGCUUUUGAAUACAUUAUAAAUAAUGGUGCAUCUUCCAAUGCUAGGAAUCUCAAUUCCUUCAAAUGCUAUCAAUAUGUUCUAAAAUUUGAUUGGAAUAUCCAAUAUGAAUUUAAUCCCUACUGCUUAUAUUAAAAAAUACAUUCUUACUUUUGUAAAAGAGUCAAAUGAUGAUGUCAGAGGAAAUUUUGCUACGAUGGAUAUCUUUUUGAUUUCAAGAUUAAUUUAUAAUUCUGAUUUUGCUUUAACUAUUUAAGUUACGAAUCUACAAGUAUUUUACUGA